UCUCCGCCGAGGCCGCUCACACCCCCUCUCUACCCCAGGUACGAGGUCCCCUGCCCACACUCCCGUGGGCGGCCCGACCCCAGUGAUCAGGCCCCCGGUCGAGAUGAGUGAGCUCCGCCAGCCUGAGGCCGACCUUGAGGCCCCAGUCCCGGCCCAGGGUCCGGUGGAGGCGCCGCUGCUGGGGGCUGCGGGGGAGGAGGCCGCAUCCCCCUCGUCCUCCGCCUCCCCUGGCGCCCCCUCCUUCUCCGCCUAUGCCGAGCCCUUGUCCCGUGAGGCACUUGUUGCGCUGAUGGCUGACCUGGUGGGGUUCCUGCUCCUCAAGUUUCGUACCGGGGAGCCGACCUCCGAGGCGGAGAUGCUGAGUACGGUCCUCCGGGAGCAUCGGGACCACUUCCCCGUGGUCCUCCGCCUCGUUUGCGAGUGCCUGCAGCUGGCGUUUGGCGUGGCCGUGAAGGAGGUGGACCCCCGCGAGCGCACCUACGUCCUGGUCCCCACCCUGGGCCUCACCUGGGAUGCAGUGCUGAGGGCCGGGCAGCGCACGCCCAAGGCCGGCCUCCUGGUGCCGGUCCUGGGCGUGAUCACCCUGUUCGGUGACCGCGCCCCUGAGGAGGAGGUGUGGGGAGUGCUCGGCAACAUGGGGGUGUGUGCCGGGAGGGAGUCCUGCAUCUAUGGGGAGCCCAGGGAGCUGCUCACCAAAGUGUGGGUGCAGGAGGGCUACCUGGAGUACCGGCAGGUGCCCCACAGCGACCCUGCCCGCUACGAGUUCCUGUGGGGUGCCCGGGCCUACGCGGAGACCAGCAAGUGGCAGGUCCUGGAGCAUCUGCUCAGGGUCAGUAGCUUGGAUCCCAGGUCCUUCCCAUCCCUGUGUGCAGGGGGUGUGAGCGACGAGGAAGAGGGAGCCUGAGCCAGAGCAGCAGCCAGGCUCCUUCCAGGCCCAAGUUCACUGGUAGCAAGUGAGGCUGGUCCUUCACUCUGAGUUUGAAGAGAGAGCGGUCGAGUUUCCAAGUAGUGAGGGCCCCUGCGAGUGGGGGGAACAUGGUGUGUAGCAUCUUUGGGUUCCUCUUGUGUAAGAUGACAUGGAAUAUCAUCUGUGUUUUCUUUAGGAGUUU